GAUUGUCGCUCCUUGAAGGGUGCAAAGGCCUGGGCCUCUCGGGUGGUCGACGAGGCGGAGGACAGUGAAGAGGACGACCUCAUCGGAGCGAAGUUGGUUUACCAGGCCGGGGAAGAUCCUCAGUCGGCCGGGACGGCGCGCGUCUUUCGGCCAAGCCAACCGUGGCAUCGGCACAGCCCUCACCUGAGGCCUCACCGAAGCCCUCGUCUGGGCCCGCAGCCCAGCCCAGCCGCCGACCCAUCGAAACUCCACGUCUUUGAGUGGUCUGACUUGGACGAGGAGGCCGAUGCGUUGAACAAGCGGCGGCUGAACGGAGAGGAGGUGCCGGCCAAAGAGCUCGAUGCGCUCAUCUCCGAGAGGAAGAAGGUGAGGCUCAAGGAGGGCCUUGAGCUCUUCGAUGAUUGGUUGCUGCGACAAGCCGGCAGCCUGAAAGAAGGCCGUCGCCUAGAGGUCGUCCUGGAGGCCCAUGUGCCCGCCAGAGAGGUGGAGCUGCACGAGGAGCCCUCCUGCGGCCCAGCUCCGAUCCCCCACAGCUGCAUCCGGUCGAUUGAGCUGGACUCGGACGAGGAUUCCGAGGACGAACGUGAUCCCGAUGAUGGCCAAGGCACCUACUUGGACUACCUGCGGCGCCGCUGCCUGGAGUCAAUUCCCAGCUUGACGCAUGCGAUGGACCCGCGCGAGUUGGGCGACGACGACCACGAAGAUCUUCGGGAUGCCUUCCAGGCUCUCCUCACCAAGCCCCUUCCGCCGGAUCCGGAGCUGAUGGAGCUGGAGAAGACCGGAGCAAAGGCGGCGCAG